CAUUCCCAAGAGGUGGGGUGUUGGAGGAGCUCAAGUGCUGGAAAUGGACAAGUCUGCUGGGACUGCGAUCGACACCAUCUUGCAGAAGAAGAGAAGCCCCAGGGACCAUGAGGAGGAAUGAGUCAUCUCCACGGCCAGGGCCUGCCUUCCUCCCAGAGGACAUCUACUUGGCAGCCCGGACACACGCAGUGCUGGGCUGGAGCAGCUCUCCGUCAUCCCAGUCGUCCUCAGAGUACCAGUCCUAUUCUCCGUACCAGUCCUGGACCUCCAGCAGGUUCGAUGAGCAGCAGGAUGCCCCACCCGAGAGCGUGUGUGCCCUGUACACCCACGUGCAGACCGUGCGCGGUGUGGCAGUGGCUUGGGAGACUGACGAUGGCUUUGAGCCAGUCACCAGGAAGCCCCUCAUCCGCGAGGCCGAGUUCAUCAAGCGACAGCGGCGGAAAGGCUCCUCCUUUGAGAUGGCCUCCAAUACAGACCUGCACUGGGAGCUGGAAGCCUGCAAGCACUACUGCCCGCAGGCUGAGGACACUGUGGACUGCUGCUUGGAGGAGCUGCGAGCACCACCAGACUGGCUGGUCACCACCAACCAUGGCCUUCGCUGCGUGGCCUGCUGCAGAGUCUUCCCCACACUGGAGGCGCUGCUGGAACACGCCCAGCAUGGCAUCCGAGAGGGCUUCAGCUGCCAGAUAUUCUUCGAGGAGAUGCUGGAAAGGAGACGGGCCCGGGAACAAAGGCGGGACCAACAGCCUGUAGAGGAGGAGGAGAGCUCUUCUGACAGUAGUGAAUGCUUCAAGCCCACCACGAAGAUGCUUCCGCAACAGCAGCCGCAGCCGCAGCCGCAGUCGCAGCCGCAGCAGCAGCAGCAGCAGCAGGAGCAGGAGCAGGAGAAGGAGCAGCAGAAGCAGCAGGAGCAGCAGGAGCAGGAGCAGCCGCCGCCGCCACAACCACAGCCGCAGCAGCCGCAGCAGCCGCAGCAGCCGCAGCAGCCGCAGCAGGAGCCAGAGCAGCAGCCACAGCAGCAGAAGCCAGAGCAGCAGCCACAGCAGCAGCCACAGCAGCAGAAGCCAGAGCAGCAGCCACAGCAGCAGAAGCCACAGCAGCAGCCACAGCAGAAGCCACAGCAGCAGAAG